AAAUUUGAGGCCAGCGUUUGGAUGCUAGCUAAAUGUUACGUCCGUGCAACCUUACGUUAAUUGAUGGUGCGUAGCUAGCUGGCUAAUUACACAUUGAAUCGUUGAAGACAUGUAUUGGCAUUCACAUGUUUCGCCUACAUCAACUGUUAUGACCGCAGUCGUAGCCACAAGUUGUAGGUAUCCUUAUUUUCAUUGAUGCAACGUCACUGUCACUCCACCGCUGUGUUGAUGUCUUGUAUCGCACACACAAGGAAGGAGCAGUAGACGCGCAAUUCUCCUCAUGUGCCGCACACAGAGAAAACAUGAUCGGCUCACCAGACGUGGUGGCUUUUACCAAAGAAGAUGACUUUGGUGAGAUCUACCCCGACCCUCUUGUGCUUCCAGAGGAGUUUUCUGUGCCUUUGUUCAACCAUGCUGCGAACCCUUGGACGAAGACGACGUAUGCUAAAUUUUCCAAGGAUUUCAUUCUUAUCUCCGAAUUCUCCGAACAAGUGGGUCCACAGCCCCUUCUCACCAUUCCGGAUGAAUCGAAAGUAUGUGGAACAUUUGACCUCAACUAUUUCUCCCUGCGAAUCAUGUCUGUGGAUUACCAGGCCUCUUUCGUCGGGCACCCUCCUGGGUCCAACUACCCCAAGCUCAAUUUUGUGGAAGACUCCAAGGUAGUCCUGGGUGAUUCAAAGGAGGGCGCCUUUGCCUAUGUCCACCACCUGACGCUGUAUGACUUGGAAGCACGGGGCUUUGUCAGGCCAUUCUGUAUGGCGUACAUUUCUGCAGACGAGAGAAAGAUCAUGCAGCAGUUCCAGAGGCUCUCUACUGAGUUUUCCAAAGCCUCCGAGUGUUUGAAAAGUGGAAACCGAAGAGCUUUUGCCAACGAGUUGCAGAAGAAACUGAAAGACCUGGAAUACACACGGUCAGUGCUGCACAAAGAAACUGAACUGCAAAAGGUAAACAACGGCUGCUACUCCACACAGGCAAUUGAGAAAGCCAAUGAAUUGGCCAAUGUGGAGAAGUCCAUGUAUGAACACAGAGACCUGUUGAGGCAGAUCACUUCAUACCCCAGCAGGAAGAGGAAAGACCCUGAAUGCGUUGCGUUUGAACCUGAGAAGCCCACCGACAUAAACCAUGUAGACCUUGCACUGACCUCCAUCCAGCCUGACCUGGAAGUCAAGGCCAAAGUGGCAGCAGAGGAGACUGAACGGAAGUCCCCCUACACACCUCAGCUUAUCAAGGCCAAAUCUGCUAAAUGUUUCGACAAGCGACUGAAAACGCUCGAGGAGCUCUGCGAGUCCUCCUUCUACCACCACACUAUGGAUCAACUGAAAUUCAUAGAGAAGUCUUUCAGGGGGGACCUCUGCUACAUAUACACCGGUCAGAUAGACCGGGCUCUUGUGAGGCAGCAGAGAAUCACCAGUUUUCUCUUUGAGGAAGAGGAGGACAUUUGGCAAGAGAUGGGAUCCCUGAAACCGUUUGAUGCAGGCUGUCCACCUGCGGCCAGCCAGCCGCCGUCAGUAUCAGACGUUUCAGUUGAGCCUGUGAGUCUAGACUCCUACUACUCCUGUGUGGAUAGUAUCCAGAUCAGGACAGAGCCAGACUUUGCAGACCCCACAGGUCCCCCUGAGUCUAGCCCUUCCGAAUUCACUCAGGAAACCUCUGAAGAAGCCGCAGACACAGAGACAAAAGGGAGCUUCAGCAGCGACCGCAGCAUGGAGCCCAUAAGCCCAGGCACCCUGCACAUGCAAUUUCAAAAUACUGUAAUGGGGGAAGGUGUUGGCAGCGAGGAUUGUACUACCAUGACUGACGGUGCGUUUUUGGACCCGUGUGUAGCAGAUCAUUCCGACUCUCUGUAUGAAUCGCACUCUGUUGAGACAGGGCCAGAUGGAGUUGUAAAUACAUUCCCUUUGUUGGAGAACGACAUAGCCAUGAAUGCUGCUGUUGUGUACCAGACUGCGAGCAUUGUCCAGGUGGACGCCACAUGCUGUAUAGGCCAGGAGGGCUCUGUCAGUGAAGAGGCCUCCUCAGCUAAGCCAGCCCAGGAUGGCUGUGGGGAGAUGGUGGUGAAACAAGAGCCACUACCUUUGCUCCAGAGGGACCUGGUCCUCCAGGGAGACUAUGCCUUAGGUGAGCUUGCGCUGGAGAGCCCAGCAACAGGAGCCGCAGCAGCUGCUGGAGCCGGCCUGUCUCUCCCUGAGCUCCAGGGGAACGCGCUCUCUGAUGACAUGACCCGGAUCAGCGUGGAGGACGCCUCGGACACCACCAGCUACAUGAGCACCUCCACCAGCUCUGAUCGGGCGCCGUCGCCCUUCUGCCACGGCAACCCGGUCACCCUGAAGCAGAAGAAGAGGGCCGGGCAGAGCGCCCUGCGGUUCAUCCGGCAGUACCCCUUCGCCCAGCAAGCCAUCUUCUGCCUGCUCAGCGGGCGGACUCUGGUGGUGCUGGGGGUGGAUGAGGGCACGGUGCGAAAGCUGGUCAAUGCUCUGUCCAUUUUCGUGCCUAGCCUGGGCAAGUACGGGGAGACGGUGCAGCCCUGGCUCUCCACACCCUUUCAGCUUACUGACCUGCAGAGAUGGAAGCUCAUCGGCCUUCAGAGGAUGGCCUCCCCCACAGGCUCCAGCAUCCUCAACUCCCUGAGCCGCUACAGUCGUUAUCUGGGCAUUCUGGAUGCGGACAACAAGACCAUGCGCUGUCCUCCGUACAAGGGCGCUCUGCUGUCCCACAUGGCCGACCACAGGACUCAGAUCAAGAGGGGCAGCACGUACUUCUUGCACGUCCAGAGCGUGCUGACCCAGCUAGCGGCCAGGGCCUUCCUCUUCACCUUCUGCCACCACCUGCACCUCCCGCUGGAGGCCAGGGAGGAGGACGAGGGCGGCGUGACUGCACGCAGGACUAGCUUUCUGCAUCACCUGGGCUUCAGCGAGGAGGAGAGCAGGAUGGUGCUCUUCCUCAGCGAGCUCAUCAAACAGCAUUACCUGCUUCAGGGACCUUCUUCCAAGGGAGCUAGCCAAUCAGUCUUACGUUUCAAUUACACCACCAGCUAUUUGUACAAAAUCUGAUGCUCUGAAUGUGUGCGUACAAAAUCUGAUUCUGUGUGUGUGUGUGUGCAUGUGCACAUUCUGCUGGAAUUCACCCCCACCCCCACUGCUGUCUGUUGAAAUCAAGAUUAUUUUUUUUCUUCUUCUUCAUUUGCGUCCCCUGGUUUAUGACUUUGUAUCAACUCUGACAUUCCAGGAAGAGGUUUUUUUUAAAAAGUUGCAGUUUAAAGUAUCUCUUUUGACUAUCAUGUUUGUAUUACUGGCUGACUAUUCUGCUUUCAAUAUAGAUGAGUGUUUUUUUCUGAGGGCUAUGGAGAGUUGCACAUGGUGGUAUUCUGCGCUUAGGACAUAGCUAGUUGAGUUCUCCGUCUCUCAGGCAAAGUAGCUCACUCGGCACAUUGCACUCACUUGUACACGGAAGCACAAGUGGCUCAAGUAAUUUUUUCCCCCUCCAAAUGGAUGUCAAUUUAACUUCACAACCGACUCUGAUUCGCUGUGCCAGUGGGAGGGAAGCAGAUAAGUUGAUCGUGUUAUGAUGAGCUUUGCAAGUGAGAACAUUUUUGAGGGAACUAUUUUGUCAGCUGUUAGUCAGCAUAACCUUUUUUGCCUUCUUGACUAUUCUCCUCUCCAUCAACUGCUGUACUGGAGGUUAUAUUGAGCUUAAUUUCAAAAGGUUAUAUUUUUUACUGCUUUUCAUGUUGAAUGACCAUUUAGUUGAACGUAUGGAGACUGAGUUGUGUUUUCCAGAUAACUAGACUUAAGGGAAUGAAACUAUUCAUCAGCCUAAGAUAUUACUACGGUUGGCCUUAAUUUACACACAUGAACGGUAUGUCAUAUACCUAUAUUGAUGUAUACUUUUACUAUUAAAUCCCUAUUCCUACCGAUACUUAAUCCCAUAAUCAUUUGUUUGCUGUAUCAUUUAAAAGAAAAGCUCAUCCCCAUAAUGUACAACCUCUGCCUUUUAAUUAUAACAUAUCAAUGCAGUGUGCACUUACUGUACAUCAUUUGGAUUAUCAGGUACUUAAU